AUACCAGUCGUUGUGUACUUGAAUGUUGCAUCCAAAAGCUUUACGACAAUAAGAAGUUUCGUAAUUACUGAAUCUCAUUGGAGUGAUUUGACGUGUAUUUGACGUCGAAUUCUCAUUGUGACAUUUAUACAUACUACAGUUGCAUGUGCGUCAGUCAUAAAGUAAAAUACAAACGAAAGGUGUAACAACGAGACAAAAUGAUAUUUACAAGAAUCAGAUCAUCUUUGUUAAAUCGGUGCGAUAUUCGUAUCGAACAAAAACGUUUGCUGAGACAAUUAAUAAAUAUGAAUAAAACCAAAUUCGAUGUGAUUGUCGUUGGUGGCGGUCAUGCUGGAACGGAAGCGUCUGCCGCUGCUGUUAGAAUGGGUGCAAAGACACUGUUGGUUACUCAGAAAAAAAGUACUAUAGGAGAGAUGUCAUGUAAUCCGUCCUUUGGUGGAAUUGGAAAAGGCCAUCUGAUGAGAGAAGUGGACGCUUUAGAUGGAGUAUGUUGUCGGAUAUGUGAUAUUUCAGGAAUAUAUUAUAGAGUCUUGAACAAGAGUAAAGGGCCAGCGGUAUGGGGUCUCAGAGCUCAAAUUGAUAGAAAAUUAUACAAGAAACAUCUUCAAGCCGAACUCUUCAAUAUGCCUAGAUUGCAUAUUUAUGAAUCCUCUGUAGAAAAUCUGAUUUUGGAGAACGAUUCUCUAUCCUGUCAAGGAGUAAUUCUCAGAGACGGAACGAAGAUGUUUGGCGACGCGGUAGUUAUAACCACAGGAACUUUUUUGAAAGGCCAAAUAAACAUUGGAUUGGAAAAAAGGCCUGCAGGUAGAUUGAACGAUGAACCUAGUAUUGGUUUAGCAAAUACACUCGACAGACUUGGAUUUCGGAUAGGAAGAUUGAAAACUGGCACGCCGCCAAGGUUGGAGAAAGAAAGCAUCGACUUCACCAAAUGUACGGCAUAUCCGCCGGACGAUUCGCCUAUACCAUUCUCGUUCAUGAGCGAUAAUGUAUGGUUACCGCCUGACAAGCAAAUACUAACGCAUUUGACGUAUACCAAUGAAGAUGUCGCAAAAAUCGUAAAGGAUAAUAUGCACUGUAAUUUACACGUAACGGAGGAGAUAACGGGUCCGCGAUAUUGCCCGAGUAUAGAGAGUAAAAUUCUACGAUUUAAGGCACUUAAACAUCAAAUUUGGCUAGAACCGGAAGGUCUGGACUCACCGUUGAUUUAUCCGAGUGGAUUAUCGUGUACCCUGCCGGAAGAGAAGCAAGUGGAACUCGUUAAAUGUAUCCCAGGAUUGGAAAAUGCUCGUCUAGUCAAACCUGGUUAUGGCGUCGAGUAUGACUACGUAGACCCCAGAGAAUUGACUACUCAAUUGGAGACCAAAAAGGUUCCAGGGCUGUUCCUCGCUGGGCAAAUAAACGGCACUACUGGUUACGAAGAAGCAGCCGCACAAGGUAUCAUCGCGGGUGUUAACGCAGCUGCUAAGGUGUUUAAGAAACCACCGCUUUUGAUAAGUCGAACCGAGGGUUACAUUGGUGUCCUUAUCGACGAUCUGACGACGGAGGGUACCACGGAGCCAUACAGAAUGUUCACUAGCAGGUCAGAGUUUCGAGUGAGUCUACGUCCCGACAAUGCAGAUCAGAGAUUGACAGAGAAGGGUUACGCGAUAGGCUGUGUUUCUCGUGAGAGGAUCGAGAAAACGAGAGAGGUUUUUCGUAAAAUGCAGGAAGUUGUACAGAUACUCAAGAGCGAUGUGCGGUCGACCAGCAAAUGGCGACAAUUAUUAAAAAUGAAAAUUUCUAAGGAUACUGGAUACAAAUCAGCGUUUGAUAUGCUGUCCGUGACAGAUGAGUCAGUGACAUUUGCAAAACUAGCAAAACAGUUGCCGCAAUUAGGACAUCUUGAUGGAGAUUCCGGUUUGGCGAGAAGAAUAGAGAUUGAGACGAAAUAUGUUUUCGCUGUUGCGAAGCAGCAGGGCCAAGUGAAUGAUAUCAGGAGAAACGAGCAGAUGAUUGUACCUGACGAUAUCGACUACAAUAGUCCUGAUUUGAAUUUAUCUAAUGAAGAUCGAGAAAAACUUAUGAAACAUCUUCCACGCACGAUUGCAGCGGCCAAUAAAAUCUCAGGUGUGACACCUUCGGCCAUAUUGAGGCUACUUUAUUAUAUUAGGUAUCAUUCCAAUGAAAAUGUUGCGAGAACUCAAUAAUGUAAAAUAUUAUGAUAGCGAAAAAUAAAUAGUUAUAUUUUUCA